AUGACGAUAACACCCACAAUCCAACAAUCCCUCGCAGCAGCAGGAGACACCAACCCUAACAAACACCCAAUCCAGUACAUGGAUACCGUCGACGCAUAUAACAAAUGGGCGGAGAUCUACGACACAGACGGCAACUUCCUCCAAGCCCUCGACACCCUCGAAUUACGCACGCUUCUCCCGGCUUUCCUGCACCGCGUGGAAGACACAACCGCCACCAUCGCAAACAAAACACUCAUCGAUCUCGGCUGCGGCACCGGCCGAAACACCCUGCACCUAAUGCACCACGCGCCGCCUACAUCGCAGAUAAUCGGGCUGGACGCAUCGCCUGGCAUGCUAGAUGUUGCGCGCAAGCGCAUCGCCGAAGUCGACCCCGACGCUGGAACGGGAUCAGCGCCGCGGGUGAGACUCGCUGUUCUGGACUUGCUAACCCCAGACCCGGGCGUUCUAGCUAGUGCAUCCGCAGACGGAAUGAUUUCGACACUGGUGCUGGAGCACGUCCCUCUAGACCAAUUCUUCAUGGCUGUGACGGCACUGUUGAAGCCUGGGGGGUAUCUACUGUUAACCAAUAUGCAUGCGGAGAUGGGAGCGAUUAGCCAGGCGGGGUUUGUGGAUCCGGGAUCCGGGAGGAAGAUUCGGCCCGUGAGUUACUCUUAUGGGGUUGCGGAGGUGGUUAGGGUUGCGGGGGAGAAUGGAUUGGAGGUUGUUGACUUAGAUGGAGAGGAGAAGGUGAGGGAGAGGAGGGUGGAUGAGGGGAUGGUGGGGGUUUUGGGGGAGAGGGCGAGGAAGUGGGUUGGGGUGGUGGUUUGGUUUGGGGUUUGUUUUCGGAGGAUCUAG